AUGGCGGGGUCGCCUUCAGAGCAGGAGACGGGGGUGGGGGCCUGGGUCGGGCCCACAAGUACCGUGCCGAGCCUGAAUGUGACGGAGAGGGCCCCCAAACCCGGGACCCAGGGCUCUCCCGCGUCAGUUCGGAACCCCGCUGUCACCCGAGUGGCCCCCAGGUGUCCUCGCUGCCUGCCAGCCGGGCCCAGCGUCGUCAUGCCGCACCGCCAGAAGAAAAAGCUGCGCGCCCGCCAGAAACGCCACGAGGGCCAGGCCCAGCAGCCUCAGGGUGCCCCGGCCCCCGGGUCCCCCGGCGCAGGCGCCGCAAGCCCGCCACUUGAGCAGGGCGCCGAGGGCCCGGCCGCGCCCCCCGCCCCGGGCGCCCGCCAAGACCCCCUCAGCCGCAAGGCUGACAUGCUGGUGCGGUUCCUGCUGGAGAAGCACGCCAGCAAGGAGCCCAUCACGCGGGCCGCGCUGCUGAAGAUCGUCAGCAGGAAGUACGAGGCGCACUGGGCCGAGAUCCUCAGGCGCACCUCGGAGCGCCUGCAGCUGCUCUUCGGCCUCGAGCUCCGGGAGGGCGACGCCGGCGGCCGGGCCUACGAGCUGGUCAGCAAGCCGGGCCUGGAGGGCGACGGCGGCGACAAGGGGCCGCCCAAGAGCGGCCUGGUCCUGGCGCUGCUGGGCGUGAUCUUCAUGAAGGGCAACCGCGCCAGCGAGGAGGAGGUGUGGGAGUUCCUCAACGUGCUGGGCGUGUACGCGGGCCGCAGGCACCCGAUCUUCGGCGAGCCCAGGAAGUUCAUCAUCCAAGACCUGGUGCGCCAGAAGUACCUGGAGUACCGCCACGUGCCGGGCAGCAAACCUCAGCGCUACGAGUUCCUGUGGGGCCCGAGAGCCCGCGCCCACACCAGCAAGAUGGAGGUGCUGCAGGUGCUGGCCAAGAUCAACGACACGGUGCCCAGCUGCUUCCCCCAGCUGUACCAGGAGGCCCUGCUGGAAGACGCGGCGCGCGAGACCUCCACAGGCGCAGCCACGGUGGCCUCCGCUGGCGAGGCUGCGGGCCCUUCGGGAGCCGGGGAGCCGUCCCGGGCCCGGGUCGGCCGCGGCCGCCGAAUCUAG